AUGUCAUGGAUAGGAAUAAAGAAAGCCGUUAAUCGAGCUGGUACACAGCUCAUGGUCAAGACAGGCCAAUUGGAACAAACUAUUGAUAAGGAGUUUGAAUACGAGGAAAAAAGAUUCAAGACAAUGGAGACAAACCUGAUCCAGUUACAGAAAAGACUACGCACUUAUCUUGAUAGCUUGAAAUUGCUUACAACAUCACAAGUCAAUAUUGCCGAACUACUAAACUCAUUCUAUGGCAAUGAAGCUAACACCAACACUAUGAAACCAAGGAUUGACGAGUCCCACCAUUUCCCUCCUCCACCUAAUUCUCUUCCUUCUCAUCAUCAUUACCUGAAUUUAGCUAGUGAAUACUACCAAACACUAAAACUCUUGAACGACGAGUGUGUAAAUGAGUUGGAAAGACCCUAUAACCAAACUGUCCUUAACCCAAUUGCAAGAUUCAACUCAUACUAUGUCGAAGUGAAUGAGGCCAUUAAGAAACGAAACAACAAAUUAUUAGACUAUGACGCAAUGCGAAACAAGGUAAAGAAACUUGUUGACGCACAACACAGUGAUCACGACGAUUUUGAAAAUAAAUUAAGAGAGUCUAAUGAGGAAUUAAAGGACUUGGAAGACAAGUUUGUUGAGAUCAAUAACCAACUAAAAGACGAAAUACCCAAAUUGGUCAAUAUGAGAGUUGCCUUUUUUGAUCCUAGCUUUGAAAGCUUUGUUAAGAUCCAACUACGCUUCUUUAAUGAAAAUUACCAAAGACUCAAUGAAUUGCAAACAAAAUUGGAUGCUCAAACUAAACAAGAUUAUGUCGAGGGCAAGUUGGAAAGUAAAAUCGAUGAUGUUUUAAACAAAAUGAGAAUGCUAGAUAUCACAGGAAGUACUGGAUUCUAA